AUGAAAGAAGAGGAGAAGAUAACCGACUAUUUGCAAAGAGUGAAAGACUCUAUGAGUUCUAUAAGAGCUCUUGGAGAGGAUGUCAAAGAUGAGGUUAUUGUGAAGAAGGUUAUGAGAUCAUUAACUUCAAAGUAUGACACAAAGGUCUCUGCUAUUGAGGAAGCUAUAAACUUAAAUACAUUCUCUAUGGAUGAAUUGUUUGGCUCCUUAUCAAUUGAAGAAGAAAGAGAGAUUAAUCUCUUUAUGCAACAAGAAGUGGUAAAUGAUGUUCAAGUUGGCAGUGAUGAAGAGGAAGAAUUUGAAGUCAUAGUUGACCUAGAAGGUGAACUUAUAAGUGCUCUAGAAGAACUAAUAAAGUUGGAAGGGAUUAAAAGAAUGUGUGAAGUGACAAAAUCAGAUCUAGAAGACAAGGAGAAAGAGCAUCAAAAUUUGGAACAAGAGAUUGUGAGUCUCAAAAAAGAACUUGAAAAGUGA